ACGCGCGAUGCUGCGGCUGCUUCCUCCCAAGGUCUCACGGCGCUGACGUUCAUCGAGGAAGCAUACAAAGUCAAGAAGGGCGACGUCAUCCUCGUGCAUACCGUAGCUGGUGGCUUGGGACUGCUUUUCGCUCAACUGAUCAAACACCGAGGCGCCACGGUCAUCGGGACGACCUCGACCAAGGAGAAGGCCGAACUCGCCAAGGCCAAUGGCGCCGAUCACGUGAUUUUGUACAAGGACGAAGACACGGUGAAACGCGUAUUGGAGCUGACCGAUGGGCAGGGCGUGGACGCCGUUUUCGAUGGUGUCGGGAAGGACACGUUCGACAGCAAUUUUGUGAUGCUCAAGCGCAAGGGAACAUUGGUCUCGGUCGGCAAUGCAUCGGGUGCCGUUCCGCCUAUGGCACCUCUGCGAUUGGUCGAGAAAAAUCUCAAACUGGUUCGACCCAUGUAACUCAUCCACGGCCGUGUCUCAAAGAAAGAACGCUGACUGGCGAUUUAGGGUGGGUAACUAUAUCUUCACUGCUGAAGAGAUCAAGCAUUACACGGGAGAACUGUUCAGGCUACUCUCGAGCGGAGAGUUGAAGAUCCAGAUUUUCAAAGAGUAUCCAUUUUCUGCAGACGGAGCAAAGCAGGCACACAGAGAUCUUACUGGUGGGAAGACCACGGGAAAGCUGCUGAUUAAAGUUGAAUAACCACAAAUCUUAUGGACACUGCUUGGAAGACAAAUGAUCCAUCUUAAGCCUUAGGGCAAGUAGAAAAGGUGCUAUCAUUUGGGAAUGCUAUAAGCGUUACAAGUCUAUGAAUGGAUGGAUAGAUAGAUAGAUUAACCGGAGUGUUGUCUUUGUCUCCUAUAAAGAUAUUAUCUAUAUGUGGGUAGGUCAAAAUCCGUCAGAUUUUUAUGGUAUCAAACAGUUGUCUUGCAAUGGUAUGAAAGAUAGAUUAGUUUGUUAAGAACCAAACUUGGAUUUUCAUGCGGUUUUUGCAGAGUACUUGGGGGUUCCUGUCGUGUCACUGAUCACACUUGUCCGUUGUCUUUGUCUUUCGUAGACUAAUAGUCUGGCACGACUACAAAUGAUUGGGCCAGUAUCACGAGAUCGGGAUUAAAGCGGAACAUGUGCCAAACCUGGUACCCGAAAAGUCGUAAGUUGCGACUUUUCGAUCCCACAUCUCGUCACCCUGGGAAGUCUAGAAACGUUCCUGGCCGCCUACGAGGUACCACUAGCUCGUCGGGCACCAUGUGAUAUGGCCGAGGCGAUAUGAGAAAGCAGUUCAUAUUCUGGCCCGUCGUCUCGGGCGGCUUCAGUCCAACUGGAGUGUAUUACCUCAUCUGAAACUGCCCUUUAUAGGCGACGCGCAACGGCCUUGACCGUUAUCUCUCGUCCACCAUGACUGGUCUGCCAGCUACGAGGAAAUCCAUCGGCAUUCGCCAACCUGGCGAUGUAGAUGUCCUCGAGCUUCUUGAAUUCCCUCUGGAACCAGCGCCUGCGGAGAUCGUCGUUAAGGCGGAAUAUCUAGGCAUCAAUUUCAU